UAUAGCAGUCAUGGCCUGAACUGAACGAAGAAAAGAAAAAAUGAUGGUGGGAAAGGGAAGGUAAAGGAAGUAAGAAGAGGUUACUUGGAUCAGUCUGUCACUGAAAUCCAGGGAAUAGUUAUUUUGAUUGUUUUCUUCUUCUAUUGUGUUGACAGUAUAUUCUCUUUUUUUUACAUUUUUAACUGAACUUGCAGUCUUUACACACGUGUAGACAGUUUCACAUGCUUUUGGCAUUGUCUGGCCAUUUUGUUGAUGGGUAUAUCUUCCAAAUCAUGAAUGUAGAACGAGAAUUUUUCUUUCCAGUUAGAUGAGGGUGGUCCAUUGAAACACUACAGCUACUACUGUCUUUAAGGCUAUUCAGUUUCUUUGCACUAAAAUUUGUAUGUGGAUGUGGGUGGCCUCUGGUUUUGGGUUUUCAAGAAGCUUGAAGUCCAUUCUUUUGUUUUUGACUUUCUGAAGAGAAGGGAACUCUUGAGUAAUGGAUGAAAAGAGGUUUUCAUAUUUGAUUGUCUCAGAAGGGAAGAGUGAGAGCUUAUAUCCAAUGUAUUUUGGCGUUUCUUGCGCUUUCUUUGCUCUUAAAGUUAUAUCAAGAAUUGAUAAGGAAGAAGAAAGAUGGUCUGGAUUAUGUGAUAAAAUGCUUAAAGGAAGUGCGCAACUAUUGGGAAUGCUUGUGUGGAGAAUUCAGAGAGAAGCAGCAAAUAGUGGACAUUUUGAUCUUCUCCAUAAGCUUGAGAUUGCAGAGAAAGGGAUAAAAGAGCUUAAGCAAAUAAGGCAUGAGGAUGCUAAAGCAAAUGAGAAGGUUGUUGGAAUAUUUGCUUCACAAGAGCAGAGCUGGUUCCUUGAAAGAAAGAAGCUCAGGCAACAAAUUGGAGCUCUAAUGAACGAAAUAAGAGUCCUUCAUAAAAGGAAAGAAGAAGAUAUCUUGAAAAUUAAUCAUAAAUUAAAGGAAAAGGAGAUUUUGGUGGAGUCUAAAGAUAAGGCCUUAGAAGAAGAGGAGCAUAAAAGGAGGGAGUUGGAAGAAAAGUUAACAAAAGCUGAAAAUGUUGCAGAUCAAUUGAGAGAAACUGCUAAGAGAGAAGCUCAAGAGUAUUCUACUGAUCUUUGGAAGCAUAAAACUGCUUUCCUUGAGCUGGUGUCGAACCAACGACAGCUUGAAGCCGAGCUUGGUAGAGCAUUAAGGCAACUUGAAGCUAAAAGGCAAGAGAUUGAUUUGGUCUUGGAGAAAAAAGAGGAAUCAGUCUUGUUAGCCCAGAAACUGUCCAUGGAAAUUGUGAAAAUGCAAAAAGUUUUGGAGCAGAAAGAUAAGAUCUUGUCUGCAAUGCUGAGGAAAUCGAAACUCGAUACAGCUGAGAAGCAAAUGCUCUUAAAGGAGGUUAAACUAUCCAAGGCUAAGAGGAAACAAGCUGAACUAGAAACAGAAAGGUGGAGAGUAGCAUCUGAGUCUAAACAUGAGAGACAUUCAUUAAGAAGUAUGUUUGCUCACCAAGCCAAUUCAAGACCAGAGGAUCCUUCAAUCGCAAGAGGGUUAUCACAAACCAAUGAUUAUGUUAUUGAGUACGAGAAUCCCGAGUUUCGAAAGGAUGCAGAAAUGUUCACUCCCCUUUCUCACUGCUACUCACCAGAAAUAAAUGAUGAACUAGCAAUUAAUACUGAUGUCAAGCGGUUGGAAGGAUGGGUCCGGUGGGAAGCAGAAAAGUAUGCAACAUCAAUUGAGAAGAGGCAUCAUUUAGAAAUAGAUGCUUUUGUAGAACAAUUGAGACUCAAAGAUGAGAAAUUGGAAGCUAGUCGUUGGCGAAUGUUAAGUAUGGAAAUAGAAUCAAAGCGAUUGCAGUCUCAUGUUGAAGGAUUGAACCGGGAUAUGUCACAGCUAAGGCGUGAUAAUAUGAAACUGGAAGCAUUGUUAUUGGAAAGGCAAGAAGAAUUAAAUGCCUUGAAAGAGCAAUUUGCAGUGCAAGUAAAGCAUCAGAUUUGCCAGAAGAAAGAUUUAGACUUAUCUGCUCCUGAUGCUGACAAUUUGAAGGCUGUAAAGAGAGAACCUGCUGAAAUGAAUCGAGAAACAAAAGAAAAUUUAAUAGCAAUGCCUCAGGAGAAAGAUGCAGAUAAAGAAGAACCAGCCUGCGAUAACCAGUCCAAAAAUACCAUUUUUAUUGUCCAAUCUCCUGAAAAAGAGUUUGAAGAAGAGAAGGACAAAAGUGCGAGUCCUUUGGAGGUUGAUCCUAUUGAAAAGUCACCUUCCCCUAGCCAGCCGUUAAUAAAGGCAAAUAACACACCAUUGAGGAUGGAUAUUCAAGCUCUUGGAGUUUCUUAUAAGAUCAAGAGACUGAAGCAGCAAAUCUUAAUGCUUGAAAGACUAACAGGAAAGCAAGAAAGUGAGGAACAAACAGAAAACAAUGAUGCUGCACAGAAUGAGAUAAAGGGUUUUCAAUUACUAACGUUUUUGCUUAAUAAACAAAUCAGCAGAUAUCAGUCUCUUCAAGGCAAAACUGAUGAACUUUGCAAGCGGAUGCAUGAUAAUGAUAUAGACAAAAGCAAUGGAGAUUCCAGUACAGCAAGAGCAAAAGGAGAAACUAAAACAUUAGAACAUUUCCUUGAUGAGACAUUUCAGCUUCAAAGAUAUAUGGUUGCAACAGGACAAAAAUUGAUGGAAGUUCAAUCCAAGAUUGCUUCAGGAUUUGUUGGGGUACCUGAAGAGCUUGACAAGUCUGUCAGCUUUGACACAAAGAGAUUUGCUGAUAACAUGAGAACCCUUUUCCAGGAAGUUCAAAGAGGUCUCGAAGUUCGAAUUGCUCGAAUAAUCGGAGAUCUCGAGGGCACAUUAGCUUGCGAGGGAAUGAUAAGAAUGAGGAGAUAGAAUGAUACAGGAAUAACAGCAAAACACAAAGACAUGGAUGUUCAUUAUUGUUUGAUAUAUAAAUUGUUAAAUGUGUACAGAAAAAUCAUAUAUAUGCAUUGUACUACGAAUUGGUAGCACGAAAUGUGAACAAACUGCAAGUCUGUAACAGCUCGUUUUUGAAUUUACUUGAAAAGUUCAUGUCAA